AUGCUUGGCGGGUGGAAAGGGGAGUUGUUGGGAAGUUUUCUGGGUGCUUCGGUAAGCGCUGAAGGGUCCGCCUCGCCAGCUGCAGCAGAAGCCUCAGUAGGCUUAGGCUUGGGAACGCUGCGCAAUGACAACUCCACCAAAUCCGCUUCUCAGGCUGCUGCCGCGGCAGAUGCGCAGUCGUGGGGAGUCACAGUAGCGCUCCUGCUAGGGACGGCUGAGGCGAUCGUGCCUCCCGUUCUGCUGGCUGGUGUGGCAGAAACGGUUCGCAGCUUCCCCGCCGCUCUUGGUGUGGCUUACGCGAUUUUAGAAGCCUCCAAAAGCCUCGCCGUCGGUUCGACAAUUCCAGCAUUUGGCUUCAUCACGACACAAACUGGCGAGUUACAAGUCAACACGCUCUCUGAGCACUCGCUGACGAGUCGUGUUGGGGUGCCUCCUGAUGCUGGGGAUGGUGCAUUACACCCUGAAGAGGAGGGUGGCUCCAGCCAUUAUCAAGCAGGCCAGAGAGACAUAGGGGCUGAGUCGAUCUCCAAUGACGGCGAGUUUGCCUGCAAAGCCUCUGAAGCCCUGAGCCUUCUUGUUGAUGAGCUGGGGAAAAGAGGGGCGGAGAAACGAGCACGUGCAGAUGGAGAGCAGCAGUACAACCAGCAUGGCAUGCAAAUUCAAGAGGGCCGUCAUCUUGCCAAUCUGUAUGAGCGCGAGCGGCCGGAACAAGCUGACGGAUGGUUUGGACCCUUCGGGUGUCUUCUGUCUUCAGCACGGCCGAGAAGCGAGCAAUAUGCCCGUCAGUGUUUCUACAGUCGCGCGGCGAAAACGCCUCAACUACGCGUUAUUAUUCGAUUAGGUGAUUAG